CGUCUUCAACUCGUAGCAAAAUAUUUGUGUUUUCUCCCCCAUAUACAUUUUACCGAAACUUGAAUAAGUUAAUUUAUUAAAGCAAAUUGAUAAAGAAGUGAAUUGUGAUAUGUGAAUUUAACAUUCGCUUUGUUUUUAUUUCAAAGAUUUCUUUAAAAUGUCGAAUGCCUGUAGCUGURUCAAAUAAUAUAAAUUAUGCCAGAAAUUACUUAAAUUUUUAUUGGAAUCAGUUUCUGUCUGGUUCGAAAUACACAUAAAUUUCUACUUAAAGAAACAUUAGCUACAUUCUACAGUGCAAAACAUUCAAACAACACAAAAUUAGUCAAUAUGUCAACUUACCGUGGUGUAAAUUUUCACGAUUUGUGUAGGGUCUGCACGUCCCAUACAGAGCAACGUAUCAGUAUAUUUUCAGCUGAUGGAAAGAGCAAAAAUCUUUGCACUAAAAUAGCCGAUUGCCUGUCUUUGAUGGUUGACGAAAAAGAUCGUCUCCCGAAGGUCUUAUGUGUAACAUGUUUGGGACAAGUGGAGGAAAUCUAUAAAUUUCGAAAUAUUUGCAAAAAUUCACAAAAUGUGUUGAGUGAUUGUUUGAAACAAGCUACGCAACAUAAUAGCGGGAAGAUUUACAUAAAAGAUGAUAUUGCAACGAAUACUGGCAAGAGUAUAAAUGUAGUGUGCAACAACACAUCUAAUAUUCGGUUGAAUGGUUGCACACCAUCCACAUUAGACGUCAGCAACAACCCGCAAUAUACAGCAAUAACACCUCAGCAAAAUUUUUCUAACUUUGGCGCAAUUUCGACUAACAAUGAGGUGCUUAACUCGAUUAUGCAGUCGAUCGGCAUACAACAAACAACGGUCGCUAAUCAAGCAGAUAAGCCACUCAUACAGGAAUAUACCAUAACAAUGGAUAGUAAGGGAGCAUUGAAGACUGAACCUGUACCGUACAAAUCCGAUACAACUCCAGUGGCAAACUGUUUGCAACAGCCGGUUCAACAGCAAAGAAAGAAUCUCUCUAAGGAUUGUGAUCACAAAGCAAUAACUGAGUUUCUUAAAAUGAAACCAAACAUAAAAGUCACUCCAUUAGGAAAAAACAAUAAUAAAAAAAUAGCAGAGCAACAACAACCGCAGCAAUUGCAACUCCAGUCAUCACAAAUCAUAAACCAACAAGAUCAGCACAACAACACGCAGCAUAUUCAUAUUCAACAACAGCAACCCCUAUCGCAAUCCACAACAGCUGCCGCCAGUAUGCAGUUACAACAAUUGCAACAGCAAUUGCAACAAUUUCAAUUACAACAACAGUUGCAGCAACAAUUACAACAAAUCACAUCUCAAUUACAACCACAGUCUACAAUAACUCUUGGYCCUCCACCUACACCUGCCGUGGCGACAAGCCCAAGCAAAAGCAAAAAGCCUAAACUAAAUUUCGUAUUAACCUCACCUCCUUCACAGACACUUACGGCUUCAUUACCACAACUAUCAAUGAAUGCUGGAACACAACCCCCACAAAUACAAUUACAACUKCAAGCACCUCAGACACAAUCACAGGCUACUGCGGCGACACUGCUGUCAAACUUGGCACCAUUUUUACAGCAGCAGUCAGCACAAACGCUCAAUUCGUCGAACAUACUGCAAACACCAACGCCAUCAACAACACCCACAACCYUAGUAACAUCGCCGAAUAAGUGUUAUCUUCCUAUAACUAUCAAGGACGAAAAUUCGGAUCAACAAAUUGUGGCCCAUAUAGAUGCGAAAAACUUUAUGCUCCCUACAACAUAUCAAUUACAAAUGAAAGUACAGCCACAGAUCGCUACCGUAGAUGGACAGCCAAUUAUGCAAUUGGCACCGACAUCUAUACCUGCCACUCUGCAGUUGGCGGCAUCAGCUUUAAAUAGCCAAUCMUUCCAAACGAUAACGGGUAAUAUGCUGCAAACAAUUCCAACAACUAUACAAUCAUCACCAACACAACAACAGCAGCAGCAGGCACAGRUGCAUCAACUUUCACUGAAACAACCAGCAGCGCAUGUAACCUCCCAACAAAUAAUACGGCCGGUAACACAGUUCACUAACGACGUGGCCACUUCGACAAAUGAACAAAUAGAAGACUUUGUGCUGAAUAAAGUGGAUAAUAAUAAACAGAUGGAAAAAGUGAUAAAACAACAGAAAUACAGGCUUUCACAGCAGGCUAGUAGUGGCAAUAUUGAAAUAACACCAACAACAAAUUUCAGACAAGAAAUGCAACAAGUGACAAAACAAAACCAACAGCAACAWAAACAACAAAAAUCAAACCCGCAGCAGCAAGCACACGACUCGCAAAAAGAAGAACAACAGUUGCAGGCACAGAAGCAACUACAAGAURUGGUAACAUUACUAAGGCCACAGUCACAGAACGACGGAACGGUGCAGCGCGUAACAAACAAAUCAACAAUGAAGACACAACACCAAAAAGCGGCGUUGCAACAACCACCACCGCAAGCAGCAAAGCAAACGAAAAUACCUAUGUUGCAGAAAAACGAUGUGACAAUYAGCCGAAUAAGCAAUACUGCGCAAACUCAACAGCAACAACAAGAGCAGCAGCAAGCCUUAUUGAAGCUUCUGCCUGCAUCCACACUGGAUGUAAAAUCGAAAAACGCAAACGGCGUUGGGACGCAAAUACAGCAACAACAACCUCAAAUGCAAUUUACAUCAAAACAGCAAGAUACUCAAAUACCGAAUGCUCCGUCCACCCAAAAGAUAAUGCGACAGACAGAAAACGUUUCAUCARUACAAUCUCAGUCCCACUUUUACACGCAACAAAAACAAUCCUUGAAUACAGCUAACGAUACAGCUGCAAAUGCAAGACCUCCACAGCARCARCAGCAGCAGCAGUUUUCUGCGAAUGCCACUGAGAAAGACGAUACGAAAGUGAAAACCGAAGGUGUGUCCGCGCACGGUGUCGGUCCCAACGGUCUGGAGUGUAGCCAAUGUGGACGCGUCUUCAAGAAGAAAGAGCAUCUGACUCAACACGUUAAGCUGCACGCCGGCUUACGGCCCUUCAAGUGCAAGGAGGAGCAAUGCGGAAAGGCAUUCAGUCGUAAGGAGCACCUAAUGCGUCAUGAAAUCUCACAUUCAGGUCGAAAACUGUUUAGUUGCGACGUGUGCCAUAAACCAUUCUCACGUAAAGAUAACCUCAAUAAGCAUAGAAGAAUUCACACAACUGGCACAAACCUCUAUAACUGUGAAACAUGCAACAAACAGUUCGCUGUGCGCGCAUAUUACGAAGAGCAUAAGCAGAUGCAUGAAGAUGCCGCAUCUGCUGGCAUCAGAAAUUCAAAUCAAAAGAAUGAGAAAACAACAAAUGGGUCUAACACCAUCAAUACGGAUGUGGCUGUGCAACAUUCACAAGUUGCCAGCAGAGAGCAGCAACAAACGCAAAUGCUGCAACAAACUCAGCAACAGCAAACGCAACUGUUGCAACAAGCGCAGCAACAACAAACACAAUUGCUACAGCAAUCGCAACAAAAUCAACAACAAACACAUUUGCAGCAGCAUUCUCAACAACAACAGCAAACCCAUUUGUUACAACACUCUCAACAACAACAACAACCUGAGUUGACAGCUAUACCACCGUCAUUAAUGUCAACGAGUCAACCCCCAACACAACAAAUUCAAAUAGUUCAGCAUCAAGCGGGCAACUCACAAUUUCAGCAGCAGCAUCAACAACAACACAUAAUGCAAUUACAAUUGCCGGCAGUUGUAGGUGCACAGGAUUUAGCAGGCAAUACUAUUACCAUAACACAGUCGCAUGAUCCAACAUUGAAAGCUACAAUCGGCAGCCAUGAUGCGACUGUACUGAAUCUGCCUUCGUCACUGGCGAACCUCAUGCAACUUAGCCAUGCACAGUUUGUAAACACAGCCACUGGUCAAAUAAUGGGUCAUAUAAAAAUUGAGAAAUGAUUAGAAUUACAAGAAUUUUAAAAGACAUUUUCACAAGUCAUACUUAAAAUUAAAAAUUAUUUUAAUGAUUUUUUUGCUACUUACAUCACAUUCAAAAUGUGCGCAUAUGAAAUACUUAAAAGCUCAUUUAAAUAGAGUUUCCAAGGAAAACAUGUUAUUUUUUAUUUAGAUAUAUUUUUUUACCCAAUUGUUAAAAACAUUUGUGGAAU